AUGGCCUCCCUGGCAUCGAUGAUUCCGCAGCUCAACCUGGGCCGGACACGAUCAUAUGUGUUCCGCCUGCCUCUUUUCACGCGCCUGAUUAUAGUUCUCAUUAUCGGCUUCUGGGUUGUCAGCAUCCAGUCGGUGUGGGAUGUACGGGCUUGGGGAUCGUUGAUACCAAAGGAGACGGGUGUGGCUACAUUAUACAGGACGAAUACCUUUCCUCUCAUACACGCCGGCCUCUUCCAUGCCUUCCUGAACGUUAUUGCGCUCGUCCCGUUGUUGGAGCGAUUUGAGACAGAGCAUGGGACCCUGACGUCCCUCCUAUUGUUCUUUGGACCAUUGUCGACUAUUCCGGCCAUUAUAUAUGUUGUUUUAGAGCGAGGCGUAUUGCGAGGAAAUACUGCAGUCCUUGGCGCAAGUUUAUGGGUAUUCCUACUCCUCGGGAUGGAGGCGAUCAAGACAUACCGGACGAACCCCCAUUUUAAAGUAGGGACCGUCAAUGUACCGACAUGGACAACUCCUUUGGUGCUCGCCGUUUUCAUCAGCGUCCUGGUUAAAAACACGAGCUUUCUUGGCCAUCUCUGUGGCCUCGCAGUGGGGUAUCUUUUCGGUCUUGGAUACCUGAAAUUCCUCGCCCCGCCUGAGAAGAUUCUCCGAUGGGUUGAGGGGAAGAUGAACCUCCUGGGACGACUGCCACACUAUGUUUCUGUUGAUCAGAAGACAUACGGGAGGUUCGGCGUUCUUCCAGUCUCCACACCUGACCCAGAAUCUGGAAUCCAGAUGAGUUACUUGGGGAGCACGCAGCGAUUAGGUCCUUAG